AUGUCAAGAGAUAAUUCGCUACCACCAUUAAGAGUUAGAGUUCUUGAAGAUCCCCCGUUAAGGGAUCAGCCAGAACCAUUUCAAGACCAAUCCUCAUACAAUCCAAAUGUACCUAUUGCCAUUGAUUUUGGCUCAAGUAAGCUAAGAGCAGGUUAUGUUAAUGAUCCAAAUCCUUCUCACAUUUUUCCUAAUCGACUUACAAGGUAUAGAGACCGUAAGCUGGCAAAAACUAUGACAUUCAUCGGUAACGAUACAAGUUUGGACCAAGCGGUUCGAGUACAGGCCAAAAGUGCAUUUGACGGUCCAUUAGUGACUAAUUGGGAUUACGUGGAGGAUACUUUGGAAUAUACUUUCAACCAUCUAGGAGUUGCGGCAAAUGGUGGGAUUUCUAACCCUUUAGUUAUCAAUGAAAGAUUGGCUACUAUUCAAUCCCAGAGAGCCAAUUGGUAUCAAAUUCUAUUUGAAUGCUUUGAUGUUCCUGGCGUAACUUUUGGUAUUGAUAGUCUCUUUGGGUUCUACCACAACAGCGGUCCCAAUUCUACAGGUCUUGUCAUUGGAUGCGGUAAUGAAGAUACAAACGUAAUACCGGUGGUUGACGGCAAAGGAGUUUUAACAGAGUCCAAGAGGAUUAAUUGGGGUGGUAAUCAAGCCACAGAAUAUUUGACAAACUUGAUGUCUCUGAAAUAUCCCUAUUUCCCAACAAAACUUUCACCUUUUCAAUAUAAAACCAUGUAUGAGGACUAUUGUUAUGUUUCUCAAUCUUAUGACGAGGAAUUAGAGAAAUACCUUUCAUUGGAUAAUCUGGAAACUAAUAAUGUAGUCCUAGAAGCUCCAUUUACAGAAGUCGUACAGCCUCAAAAGACUGAAGAGGAACUAAGACUACAGGCAGAAAAGAGAAAGGAAAGUGGGAAAAGAUUACAAGAGCAGGCUAAACAGAAAAGAGUGGAGAGGAUGAUUCAAAAGGAGGAAGAACUUCAGUAUUAUACUCAAGUGAGAGAGCAAUUAAAGGAUCAACCCAAGAAAAAAGUAUUGUCAAUCUUGCAAAAUUCAGGGUUCGACGAUGAAAGAGAUUUUAAAAAAUAUGUAUACAAUUUGGAAAGGUCACUCAAAAAAUCUCAAUCGACAGAAUUGGAAGAUGGCGAAGAAGAUGAUCAAGAUACAGAAAAUAAAUUUGAACUGUUGAACGUCCCAGACGAACAAUUAAAUGAGGAACAACUGAAGGAAAAAAGGAAGCAGAAAAUCUUGAAAGCUAGUCAAGACGCUAGAAAUAAGGCCAAAGAGGAGAAAGAGAGGGCUGCGCAAAUUGAAGAAAAAAAAAGGCUCCAAGAUGAACAAUGGCGUGAAAACGAUUUAACAAGUUGGAUUAAGGACAAGCAUCAAAAGCUUAAUAAAUUAAUCUCACAGAGGAAAGAAAGGAUUAAGAUGCGUGAUGAAAUGAAAGAUAGAAAAUCACAAAUGUCUCAAAGCAGAAUGAAAAAUUUAGCCACUUUGGCUGAGGAUAGUGGCCGCGGUGGUUCCAAGAGGACAAGACAACAAGCUACCAUCGACAAUGACCCUAACGAUACAUUUGGUGCUAACGAUGAAGACUGGAUGGUUUACAGCGACAUAAGCCAAUCACCAGAAGCUCUAGAAGAAUUGAUAGAAGAUCAAUAUAAAGAAAUCGUAGCGUUGGAAAGGGUCCUAUUAGAGUUCGACCCCAAUUUCACUGAAGAAGAUACGCUAGAUGCUCAAUACGAUUGGAGAAAUUCCGUAUUACAUCUAUUCCUGAGGGGACCUCGUCCUCAUGAUGGUGAAAGUAUUCAUCACCAACAUCAAAUGCAUAUGAACAUUGAACGUAUAAGAGUUCCCGAAGUUUUAUUCCAGCCGAAUAUGGGUGGUGAAGAUCAAGCUGGUAUUCCUGAAUUAUGUGAAACUUUACUCCUGAGAAAAUUCGGAUCUACCCAACGCCAAUUGAGCGAUGUUAGCACAUCAAUGGCUCAAAAUGUUUGGAUUACUGGUGGUAACGCUAAACUUCCAGGUUUAAGGGAAAGGAUCGUCAAGGAAUUUUCAGAGUUCUUACCAUCAGGAUCACCCUUCUCCAUAAGGAAGUCACAAGAUCCUUCCCUAGAUGCUUGGAGAGGUAUGGCAAAAUUGGCUCAAAAUACCGAAGACUUUAAACACGGUUACAUUACGAAGCAAGAAUAUUUAGAGUAUGGUCCCGAAUACAUUAAGGAACAUAAUCUGGGGAACGUUCACUAUUUUGAGUAA